AUGUCUGACCAGCUAGAAGUAAAGGACGCUUAUUCCAUCGACGAGUCGUCAUUUCCCUAUCUUUUUGAGGAGAAUGUCGCCGUGCCACUGAAGACAUCAUCCGAAGGCAUUAUUCGAUGCAAUGUCUACCGACCGAAAUCUACAAAGGAGGGGACGAAGCUUCCGGUGCUGGUGACUUACGGACCUUACGGAAAAGAUAUCCACUACAAGGAUUUCCAUGGCAAAUCAUACUCAGAAGUAAAUCCCGAGCACCAUUCUGAUCAUUCGGCAUGGGAAACUCCAGACCCUGGCUUUUGGACGAAGCACGAUUACAUUAUCGUGCGCGCCGACGAACGUGGCCUCGGCCAAUCUCCAGGCUUCUUGGACACAAUGUCGCGAGGAACAAGCGAGGCCUUUUUUGAUGUCGUCGAAUGGGCAGCUGAGCAACCAUGGUCGUCUGGAAAGGUCGGCUUACUCGGCAUCAGCUACUAUGCCGGAUCUCAGUGGCGUGUGGCAGCACGUAAGCCUAAGGGUUUGGCUGCAGUCAUUCCUUGGGAGGGGAUGAGCGACUACUAUCGUGACCGAUGCCGUCACGGAGGCAUCCUGAGUAACAAGUUCAUCGACUUCUGGUGGAAUCGACAGGUCAUUACCAAUCAAUACGGCAAACCAGGCCGUGCAGCGCGUAACUGGGGGCCAGAUACUGUCGACGGUGACCUUUCAGAAGAGGUGCGUGCAGAACGCCGACAGGACCAAACAAUCGAUACCGCCAAGUUCAAGUUCCGUGACGAAACAUACUAUGCAAGCAAAGAGUACGACAUGAGCGAUAUUGAGGUACCGCUACUUUCUGUCGGCAACUGGGGCGGUAUUUUGCUCCAUCUUAGGGGUAACAUCGAAGGCUACGCACAUGCUGGGUCUGAGUUCAAGUACCUACGAAUGAUCACUGGAAGGCACGAUCUACCAUUCUACUACAAAGAAGAAGUCGAGAUACAACGGAGCUUCCUUGAUGCUUUCCUCAAAGGCGACGACAGAGUAGGGUGGUCUGUCAAGGGCAAGCUUCCGCCUGUGGACAUGGUCCUGCGAAAGGGCGAUGUGGGCUUCAACGAUGCCGAGAAAGAGAAGGUUUACGAGAGGCGCACAGAGAACGAGUGGCCUAUCGCACGAACUCGUUAUUCUAAGUUCUACCUUACGCCUUCUCAGACAUUGACACAGAUCCAGCCUAUUCACAACAGACCCCAGAAAUUGUCGUACGAGGCACUUGGCACUCUUGACAACCCCAAGCUCCUUCAGUUUACGACGGCACCAUUCGAGGAAGAGACUGAAAUCACUGGCCACAUUGUCGCACAUCUAAAUGUGUCCCUCUCAGCCCAUCCCAAGGGCGCCACUCCUUCCGACAUCGAUCUCUUUCUCACUCUACGCUACAUUUCUCCAGAAGGCAAAGAAGUCUACUACACGGGCACAGCGGGAGACCCUAUACCCCUUGCAAAAGGCUGGCUGCGCGUCAGCUUCCGCAAAACCAAUCCCGACCACCCAAAACAUAGAGAGUACCUGCCAUGGCGAGACUACUUCAGCACUGACGUUCAGCCCGUCAUACCUGGAGAUGUCUACGCUGUGGACGUGGAAGUUUGGCCAACAAACGUUAUUGUGGAGAAGGGUGGCAAGAUUGUAUUUGAGAUUAGCAGUGGUGAUACGCAAGGAAGUGGUAUCUUCCAGCAUAACCAUCCCGAAGAUAGGAGUGAGGAGAAGCUUGCGGGGUGGAAUCAUUUGCAUUUCAGUGAGAAGGCUGUAAACUAUGUUACGUUGCCAAUCGUACCUCCUAAAUAG